UCCGCCCAUAUGUCUUGCAGAAUGUGCUCAUUAAUGUAUAUCCAAGACCCAAUUCUCACCUUCCUCUUGUAGAAUACCAACCAUCCAUCAGUACUUAAACGGAUUUCACUCGUUAUUUCAUUUUUACAAUUCAUCUUUUGAAAGGUUUUGAUUAAUUCCAUAAAAAAACCAAAAUCUUGAUAAACCCUAGGUUUUGAUGGCCUCUAACGAGGAAGCCAGUGUGGAUCAACAGAAGAAGAAGCGGAUUAUUAUUGACCUGGAAGAAAGUAACCCUUUCGAGAAUGUUGAUAAGCAAAAUAGUUUCACCAAUAAACAAGUGAUCACUAUAUUAGAUGAUGAGGAUGAGGAUGAUCAAGAAGUUGAGUAUCUAAAGAAUUCGAAGUUGAAACUGGAAAACGAAAUUGAAAACUUGAGGUUGAAACUGGCAAGUGAAAUUGAAAUACUUAACAAAGAAAAAUCUGCAGUAGAAAAUGAUGUCGGUUUACUUAACAAAGACAGAACAAGACUAGGAAAUGAUGUUGGGUUACUCAAUCAGAAGAGGAUUGAACUGGAAACUGGUUUUGGAUUGCUCAAAGAGGAGAAUAAUAAACUGUCUAGUAGUAAUGAAUCUCUGAAGACAAAGAAGAUUUUGCUCGGAAAUGAUAUCAAACUACUCGAACAAGAAAAGGCUAAAUUGGAAAGGGAUAUUGAAUCUCUUGACAUUGACAAGACUGCCUUGGAGAAUGACUUUGAAUCAUUUAACGAGGAGAAGAUAAAAUUGGGGACUGAUACUGAGUUACUCAACAAGGCGAAGACUCAACUUGUAUGUGACGUCGAAUCGCUUAACAGCAAGAAGACUGUUCUGGAGAGCGACAUUGAAUCACUGUACAAGGAGAAGACUAGAUUGGGGACUGAUACUGAGAUACUCAACAAGGAGAAGACUCAACUGGGAUAUGAUAUCCAAUCAUGUAACAGUGAGAAGACUGUUCUGGAGAGCGACAUUGAAUCACUUUACAAGGAGAAGACUAGAUUGGGGACUGAUACUGAGAUACUCAAUAAGGAGAAGACUCAACUUGGAUGUGAUAUCGAGUCAUUUAACAGCGAGAAGACCGUUCUGGAGGGCGACAUUGAAUCACUUCACAAGGAGAAGAUAAAGUUGGUAACUGAUACUGAGUUACUUAGCGAGGAGAAGACUCAACUUGGAUCUGAUAUUGAAUCAUUUAAAAGUGAGAAGACUGUCCUGGAGAGUGACAUUGAGUCACUUUACAAGGAGAAGACUAGGUUGGGGACUGAUACCGAGAUACUCAACAAGGUGAAGACUCAACUUGGAUGUGAUAUUGAAUCAUUUAACAGUGGGAAGAUGGUUCUGGAGAGCGACAUUGAAUCACUUCACGAGGAGAAGACUAAGUUGGUAACUGAUACUAAGUUACUCGGCGAGGAGAAGACUCAACUUGGAUGUGAUAUUGCAUCAUUUAAAAGUGAGAAGACUAUCCUGGAGAGUGACAUUGAGUCACUUUACAAGGAGAAGAGUAAGUUGGGAACUGAUAGUGAGUUACUCAACAAGGAGAAGACUCAACUUGUAUGUGACAUUGAAUUAUUUCAGAGUGAGAAGUCUGAAGUGGUUAGUGAUAUUUGUUCACUCAAUAAGAGGAAGAGUGUCCUGGAAACUGAUAUUGAAUUGGAUAGAAAGGAAAAGAGUAAAUUGGGAAGGGAACUCGAGUUAUGCAGCAAAGAGAAAAAAAAGCUGCAAAGUGAUUUGGAAUCACUUAAGAAAGAAAUGUCUAUGGUUGGAAGUGAUGUUGAAUCACUUAUAAAAGAUAAAUCUAAGCUGGGAAAUGAUGUCGGCUUACUCGAUAAAGAAAAGUCUGAGCUACAAAAAGUGAUUGAGUUAUUCUGCAACGAGAAACAAAAGCUGCAAAGUAAUUUGGAAUCACUUAAGAAAGAAAUGUCUAAGGUUGGAAGUGAUGUUGAAUCACUUAACAAAGAGAAAUCUCAGCUAAGAAGUGAUAUCUGCUUACUCGAUAAAGAAAAGUCUGAACUCCAAAACAGGAUUGGGUUAUUCUGCAUGGAGAAAGAAAAUCUGCAAAGUAAUUUGGGAUCACUUAAGAAAGAAAUGUCUAAGGUUGAAAGUGAUGUUGAAUCACUUAACAAAGAGAAAUCUCAGCUAGGAAGUGAUAUCGGCUUACUCGAUAAAGAAAAGUCUGAACUCCAAAACAGGAUUGGGUUAUUCUGCAAGGAAAAAGAAAAGCUAGAAAGUAAUUUGGAAUCACUUAAGAAAGAAAUGUCUACUGUUGGAAGUCAUGUUGAAUCACUUAACAAAGAGAAAUCUCAGCUAGGAGGUGAUAUCGGCUUACUCGAUAAAGAAAAGUCUGAACUCCAAAACAGGAUUGGGUUAUUCUGCAAGGAGAAAGAAAAGCUGGAAAGUAAGUUGGAAUCACUUAAGAAAGAAAUGUCUACGGUUGGAAGUAAUGUUGAAUCACUUAACAAAGAGAAAUCUCAGCUAGUAAGUGAUAUCGGCCUACUCGAUAAAGAAAAGUCUGAACUGCAAAGCGGGAUCGAGUUUCUUAACAAAGAGACUACUACACUGCGAAAUGGGGUUGCAUUGCUCAGUGAAGAGACGACUGCACUGCAAAAUGGGAUUGAGUUUCCCAAUGAAGAGAAGACUAAACUGCAAAGUGAGAUUGAGUUUCUUAAUGAAGAGACGGCUAAACUGCAAAGUGGGAUCGGGUUUCUAAACAAAGAGAAGACCAUUCUUGGGCAGGAUAAUGGAUUACUCAAUAACGAGAAGACAAAGAUAGGAAGUGAAAUAGAAUUGCUGAACAAAGAGAAGGCUAUAACGGCAAGGGACGCUGAGUUGCUUAACAAAGAGAAGCUAAUGUUUUCAAGUGUGAAGACUGAAUUGCAAACUGACGUUGAGAUGCUUAACAAGGAGAAACUGAAAUUGCAAAGUGAUUUUGAACUUCUUAACAAUGACAAGGAUAGAUUGCAAACUGAUGUUGAAUUUCUCAAAGAAGAGAAAGAUGCACUGCAUCAAUUUCUCAGUGAAGAGAAGGCUGAAUUUGUUCGUUCUGCGAUAUGUGAAGUUAAUGAAUCUAUUUAUAAACGAGAGAAGAAAUUAGCUAAAAGUGAAAAAUUGGUUGCAGAGCUUCGAGAGGCUCAACAAGAACUUAUCAAGUGCAGCAAAUGGAGUCAGAAAAAGUAACCAGAAAUACGGUUAUUGGAGUAAAGAGAAAGAGAGGACUCAGAGAGUUAUGGAAUUUUAGAGAGAAGAAGAGAGCCACGCUGAAAGAAGUGAUUAGUCUUCGAUUGAACCUUACAGAUAAGUAAAAGAGGCUAAGGAUUUUCAGCUGAAUAGUAGGAAUGUGGUAAUGUCUAUUUUUUGAGGUUUUCUGGGUACACAGCAGGAGGAUGCAAACAUAAUAUAAUAAUGUAAAUGUGUGUGAAAGAAUUAGGUAAUGAGAUAAAGCUAGAUGUGGAGGAAUAGAAUAGAGCUGCUAACAAUCUGCUCAUGAUGUGAAGCUGAAUUUUGGAACUUGUAAAUGUUUUGAAUUUGAAAUGUUAAACUGCUGGCUGAAUUGGCCUUUCUCAGAAAAUUAUUCUUCUUGUCC